GACACAGCAACCCUCAGCAACCACGGAACGGUCCGGUUGCUAUUUUUCACAGAUAAUUAAAAUAGUAGAAUCUGUAAUGAAUUUGUAGUACCUAGUAGUCAGUGAGUACCUAGUAGGUUUACUUUUGGUACCAUGGCAAAUGGCAAUACCAAUAACCUAAUGUCAAAUCAAUGUAGUUAGUGCGUAAAGUGACAAAGUGAGUGAACGAGUGUUGUCUGCGAGUUUUGUAUUCAUUGGAUUAUUUUGCGAGUGAUUAUAGUCUGUCUAGUGGAGCUUGAAUGUAUUCAGAUAUUUAAAGGUUUUUAACAUUGUGUUACUCUACAAUAGAAAAAUUACAAGAUAAACAAUAUAAGUCGGUAGAGUCUGUUUUCGCGUGUACAUGCAUUUGUCAAACAAAAUGGCAGGGAACUACAGAGGUUUGCAGUCCUUCAGUGGAGUGAAAAUAUGAUUUCAUCUGUGUUACUAACUGUGCUGUGUGGGUGGAAAGUGAGUUAGAAACAGAGAUGUGGACAUAGCAAAUAAAAUGGGUUCUCAGACUUUAGAGAUAUUACGCCAAGGUGUUUGGGCAUCAUUGACAGGUGGAUGGUUCUAUGAUCCUCACCAAAAUUUGUUUUGCAAUACUGUACAUCUUUAUGUAUGGCUGUUCCUGCUAUGCCUUCCUUUUUCAGUGUAUCUGUAUUCCCCACCAGCAAGCUCUGGUUGGAUCCUGUACUGUGUUCUAGUCGCCUUGUUGUUCACAAUACUGAAAAUACUCAACCAUAGUCUGCAUCAUAUGUAUGACACAAGUGAAUGCAUUAUUGUGCAGCCAAGUGGAGAGGCAGGCUCUACAAACAACAAUACUGUACCAGAAGAAGGUAUGGAAAUGCAGAUGUUACGACUUGGAGGCGUUGCACCGCCUGGCAGCGACAAUGAGUCUGUCACCUCAUUGGAGUACCACAAGCCUAAUAACAGUACUAUAGAUCUUAAAGUAGAUGUACAUAGAAAAAACAGUUCAGAAUCAAGUAUAGAAGACAGUGCUACAUCUACAAAGCAUCCAGAAACAGUAGCCACAACAAAAUCUGAUCUCUGUGUGGCUGCAGAUAUACCUACGUUCAUAGAUAUGCCUACCGGCCCAUCAAAAUCCCGUCCACCAAAUAGAAGUCGCUCGAAAUCAAAUCAUAAACGCGAACACCGACCUAAAACAAGAAGAACUGGUAGAAUCGAUGAGUUAAUAGUUGAGGAAGCCACUAGAAAUCCAAGGCUAGAUAGCAAUUUACCAAUACACAUGUUAGUUGAUGAAGGACCUUUCGCUAAAGUUAGUAGGAGGUAUCACGAAGGACCACAUAGAAGGGGAUCUAGCAACAGAGAUUUUUUUAAAGAAUGGUUGUACUUAGAUUGCAGUGAGUCGGCAGUCGAACAUUACCAGUCCAAGUUUGCCCGACAACUGAGCGCCGAUUCAAAAGAUAAUUCGGAACCUAGUGUAGGCCCCCCUUCGCCGAAGAAAAGGAUCGCACAUAGACGAAGACGUGAUUAUACUGACGAAAGUUGUACCAAAUCCGCCAUGGCGCUCGCGACGCAAUCUUCAAAUAUGAGGAGGAAUUCCAAUUCCACUAUGUCAACCAUCCAAUUACCACUACUGAACUCUACAGCGCAACUCGUUUCGCAUAUGAGAAGGCAUUCUAACAAUGCUGACACAGGUUUUUUCGCCAGUGUUGAACUGGGAGAGUACAUGAUGGUAAAAUCCGAAGCGCCUAGCGGUGACUCAGAUAAAAAUAAAGGCAAAAGUCCUGGGGUGAGGCGAAUAAAAAGUGCGGCCUUAGAAAUAGGAUGUCCACCACCGAGUGUGUCAAAUUUAUCUCCACACCCAAACAGCGCAGAAACAAUCGGUGGGCAAAUGCUUAAAAACCCGAAGAGCGCCGUGAUUCCUCCUCCUAGUAAAAGUUUAACACGAGGCCCGCAUCUGAAUCUGUACCCUAAAAAUGAAUCUGGCGAAGGAUGCAGCUAUCCAUACCUCACAUAUGGAUCUGAAAUUGUAUACCCGAUAGCAGAAAUAUCUGAUGAGAUGCAAACUUCUCAGAAGGAGACAGAUUUAGAUUCUAGCGGAGAAAGCUACAGUGAUUACGAAGACGAAAAACAAUUUCGGGGAUUUGAUUGGUAUGCCGAGCAAUCACCCGCGGUGCGCUCCAGCGACUCUGAUUAUGAAAAUAAUGGUUCGAGGUCGCCACUACUAGAUCGCGCUGCAGAAGUGAGAGUUGUUCGAACAAAAAACCAAAGUGAUUGUAAAAAACAUUGCUGUGAUCGACACACCCACUCAAAACACAACCAAGAUUGUCCGAAUGAUAAACCUAAACCCUCAAGACUGAAAAAAGGCUUGAAGAACGACCCCCAAUAUGGGAACAAACGCUCCGACCAAAAUAAUUCCUGUGAUUGUAAAUUUGCCCCCAAUGGAGAUUAUUUUGAUAAAGCCAGUGCAAGUUCUAAAGAUUUGUUAAUAGAGAAAUCUAGUUUAGAAUCAAAUGAAAAUGCCGACCAAGAAAAACGGUCGAAUGAGAAUAAAAUAGUAGAAAAGAAACUAUGGGACCAUGAUAUCUGUAAUUCUAGCAGCAGUAGUAGUGACUCUAAUUUAGAGAGGCCUCCCGAAAAUAUAAAGGAAGUUAAAAAUAAUGCGCUCGAAACAGAAGAGUCGCAGUUGACUUGUGAUAGUAAAAGUGCAGAUGAAAGAAGCGUUUAUAGUCUUGAUUGGCUUUUCGAAGAAUCUUCACAAGCUAAAGAAAUCUGUAAGGAAGACGAAGCACAUUCUUUUGUUACAGAGGAGGUGCUCUGUCAAAAACUUGCCAACGCUUUAGGUGAAUCGUCUUCAAACGUUCCAAAAAACUUGGGCGCUAUACCAAAGCAGAUAAAAAAUUUAGCACGUUCACGAGCUUCCUCGCAGAAGGAGAACAAGAAGAGAGAUUCUAAAAAGGAGAAAGAUGAAAAUAUGAAUGAGGAAAAAAUAUUGAUGGAUGCUGUGGAAGCUCAAGCUGCUUUGGUACAGGGUUUGGAGUGCUUGUUUGCGGCGACCAACGCUAACACGGUGGUGAUGCCGCCGCCAAACAGGGAGGAGAGACCGCGCAGUCACAGACAGAGUAUAAGAGGGGAAAGAGAAAACUCGAACAAAACUAGAAAAAGAUCGAUAGAAGAAGUGGCACAAACAUCAACAAACACGUUGCUUCCGACGUCAAUGCCAUUAUUAGCAGCAUUCCUUAAUUCACGUAUGGACUAUGCUUGUCCCGACAGCGCGCCGCCCGAAAUAGCACAACUUACAGAGGAGUCUCAAAGGCUUAGGCCUUUAAUGGAUAGGAAUCACAGGAAUAGAGUUCGAAAAAUUAAACGAUCGACUCGCCAAAGAAAUAAUCCACCGCAAAAUGCGCAUGAAAACAAGAAUAAACCUGCAAGCAAUGAAAAUCCAAAUAAUUCAACUAAUGUUCACUUUGCGACCUCGUUUGAUGACACGACAGAUGGUGCCAUUCAUUGCUUCAUGGACGAGUAUGGUAAUUGGAUGUCUUAUACAUUUGAUAAAAACAGUUCAGGAAGAGCGCAAGCUCAACCGAUGCCGUUGCCGGAUAAAGAAGAAAAUAUGAAAAUAAAUAGAGUUAAACCCAUAGAUGAUCCUGACAACUCACAAAAAACGGCUGGCGAAGGGAGCUGCGGGUCCCUGGAAUCGGAGGCUGGGAAUAGUGAGAGUAUAGCUAAGCCAAAACGGGGUGACAGCAUCGACCAAAGUUCGUCGAACCAAGGCAGUAACAAUCCUCUGCUGUCAAGUAACAAUAAUGUUUCCACAGUAGUUCCUAUAAAUACUAACAAUGCAAAUAAACGCUUUUACGUGUUUGAUGGCGGGACUGCAUCUCACGCCGACCAGCCGCGGUCUCCUGUGGCGUACGUCACCGACAGUUUGUUAGAACAAAUCGAAGCGGAAAGACAGUCGAGAAUGGGUCUUCCAAGCAUGCAUAUCAAUUUCCUGAUGAGUCAGCAACGGGCGCAGCAACAGGCUCAACAGCAAGCUGAAAAUACUUCCAAUAAUAUACCGAGCCUGAUGCCGUCCAUAGGCGAAGAAGAAAUAAACAUUAGAAGCAAGUUCUCAAAGUACAUGGAUGACAUCGAGAAAGCUAAUCAACCGAAACCAAAGAGUUACUACAAGUUCAAAUUUUUAAAGUGUUUCGAAGUGAAAGUUACCAUGGAUAGGUUAAAGUUGAUGGCGUUAUUUGAUAGAAAUCUAACAUACACAGAGACAUUUAUUACGAUAUUUUUAGCCAUUUCUGUGGCUGUGUUGGGGUCAAUGGUGUUAAAUAUCGGCUUUUACAGAGAUAUAUACGCGUUUUGGUUUUGCUUUAUAAUGGCCGGUAGUCAAUAUUCGUUGUUGAAAAGUGUUCAACCUGACUCCGCUUCGCCAGUUCACGGAUUUAACAAAAUGGUUCUAUUUUCGCGGCCUGUUUAUUUUUGUUUAUGUUCUGGGAUUUUGUACGGCGUGCACAGUUAUUUAGAACAAACAUCACCUUUGACCGACGAUCAUAGAAGCAAAAGAAGCUUAGAAGAGAAGAGUCCUUUUACGAUAUACGGAUUUGAAAUUAAAGAGCGCGAUUUUUUAUAUAUAAUCCAGGAGAUAUUGUCCAAGUUCCUGCUGUGUUUUCCGCUCGCCUUCAGUUUGGGUCUAUUUCCUCAAGUUAACACAUUCAUGAUGUACUUGUUGGAGCAAAUAGAUAUGCAUAUAUUUGGGGGGAAUGCGACUAGCAGUUUGAGCGCUGCCGUGUACUGUGUAGUUCGCUCGUUAUGUGCUAUCGGAGUACUCUAUGGGUUCGCCUAUAGUGGUUUAGUUGAAGGCAAGAAAUCGCAACACCAAAAACACAAUAUUUUAUUUUCUAUUUUCUGUGGUCUUCUCGUGCCCAUAUCGUAUCACUUGAGUCGAAGCGCGAGCGAUUAUACUCUCAUCUGGAAUCUGAUCAAGAAGCACUUAUUGCCGCCUGACUUAUACGUAGUCCAUACACCAGAGUGCACUCCGGAAGAAAACAAAGAUGAUCCUAAUAUAUUGACGGAUGAUAAAAAGAAUAAUUCUGAAAGUAAUAUCUCUAAACAGAAUUCGAUUGGUAGUUCGGCGUCGAAGAUAAACUUUAGUUCCGAGACUAAUAUAGCUAGGUCUCAGAAACGUUCUCAGACUUCCAGCGUGAGUUCUUUGAAGAUGGACCCUAGAGGGGGAGACGCCAUGCGGAAUUCCACGACGUCUCUCAAAGCUGAUCCUCCGACUGAAACUGAGGAUAAAAGUAGAGAUUCGAAUGCGACUGCGGGGAGUAAGGACGGGAAUGAGAAACCAGAUGAGGACAUGGAAGACCCAUUGCCGAAAAAAUUACAAGCGACAGUAAAUGCUAGACUGAAGAAUGAUCUCAUAGUGUGUACGUUUCUCGGGCUGUUUGUUUUUGGACUGCACUGCACUACAGUAUUCACGACGCUUCGGCCGCAACUCAAUAUGGUUCUGUGGAUAAUAGCCGGUAUUCUGGGCUGGGUACUGCACUACUUGAUCCCGCAGCUAAGGAAGCAGCAGCCGUGGCUGUGUCUCGCGGGGCCUGUGCUGAGGCAGCUCGAGCAUGCGCAGUUCGAGGUCACUGAACCCGCCAAGCUCAUGUGUUUCGAGAAGAUAUUCGUAUACCUCUGUUUCCUGGAGCGCAACGUGUUAUACCCAGCUGUGGUGAUUGCCGCCACCACUCAGGACGCGCCCGCCAUCGCCGGCAAGUACGGAGACGCGGUCGGCGCUCUGCUUAUAUGCGUCAGCGCGACCAAAUGUCUUCGAAAUGCGUACUCCGAACCCGAUACCCAGUACCUGAUACUAGUAUUCGCGUUCUUACUCUUCCAACGGGACCUCAGCAGUCGCAGCAUUUCCGAGACAUUCCUUAUCGACUACUUCAUCACUGCCAUCAUCUUCAACAAAGUCUACGAGUUUCUGCUAAAGAUCCAAUUCGUAGUGACGUACAUAGCGCCAUGGCAGAUCACUUGGGGAAGCGCAUUCCAUGCGUUUGCGCAGCCAUUCUCAGUGCCGCACUCGGCUAUGUUGCUACUUCAAGCUUUCGUCUCCGCGCUCCUUUCAUCGCCUUUGACGCCCGCUCUCGGAAGUGCGAUAUUCAUGACGUCAUAUGUGCGACCAGUAAAGUUUUGGGAACGUGAUUACAACACGAAGCGAGUGGACCAGAGCAACACCAGGCUUUCCUCGCAACUUGAACGAAAUCUUGGGGCUGAUGACAACAACCUCAACUCUAUAUUCUACGAACAUCUGACCCGUUCGCUACAACAUUACCUUUGCGGAGAUCUCAUGUUGGGCCGGUGGGGACAAGUGCAACAGGGGGACUGCUUCGUGUUAGCAUCAGAUUACCUCAACUGCCUAGUUCAUAUAGUGGAGAUGGGCAAUGGACUAGUCUCAUUUCAACUGCGAGGCUUGGAGUUCAGAGGCACGUACUGCCAACAGCGGGAAGUUGAAGCCAUUUCUGAGGGCCCCGAGGAAAGCAGCGAGGGCGUAUGUACCGGAUGGUGGUGGUGCGGAGGCCGGCUGCUGGCGCCCGGCGCCGCGUGGGCGCUGCGCUGGCUGGCGUGGCAGCUGGCCAGCGCCAGGUACGUGCUGGAGGGCUACUCGGUCACCGACAACUCGGCCGUCUCCAUGCUCCAAGUGUUCGAGUUCCGGAAGGUGUUACUCACAUAUUAUGUCAAGAGUAUAAUCUACUACACGAUCCAAUCGAACAAACUGGAAGAAUGGCUGUCAUCCCCAGUACUCGCCGAAGCUCUGAAGCCCAUGAACGAACGAUCGUUUGUGGACUUGGACCCAAUAUUUAAUGUAAAUUUGGAUGAGGACUACGACUUUCGAGCUUCGGGUAUCACCAGGAGCAGAUUCUGCGCUAUCUACCAAGAGUGGGUGUCGCACUGCGCGGCGCGACGCGGCGCGGGCUGGCGGCGCCGCGCGGGCAAGGACUCCGCUCUGCUCACGCUCUGCUUCGCGCUCAGUCUGCUGGCUCGUCGGGCCUUGGCUGCUGCUCAGCAUCAGUCCGCGUCCAGCGUGGAAUUCUUUCUAUACGGCCUGCACUCGCUGUUCAAAGGAGAUUUCCGCAUCACGUGCGCACGCGACGAAUGGGUGUUCACUGAUAUGUCGCUGCUGCAUUCCGUUCUCGCGCCCGCUAUACGGAUGGCCUUGAAGUUACAUCAGGACCACUUCAUGUUCCCCGAGGAAUACUGCAACAGUUCAGCUCUAUACGCGGCCAUAGCUUUACACUCGCAGCGUUUGGUGAUAUGUCACGAAGCGGCGCCCGCCUGGCGGUAUAACGUGUUGCGAGGCGCUCCACAUCUCUUGGCUCUCAGACACGUGAUGGACGAGGGCACAGACGACUACAAGAUAAUAAUGCUGAACAAGCGCCAUCUAGGGUUCCGCGUGAUCAAGCUGAACCGCGAGUGCGUGCGGGGGCUGUGGGCGGGGCAGCAGCAGGAGCUGGUGUAUUUGAGGAACAGAAAUCCUGAGAGGGGAUCUAUACAGAACGCUAAACAGGCACUGCGCAACAUAAUAAACUCGUCGUGCGACCAGCCGAUCGGAUACCCGAUCUACGUGUCGCCGCUGACCACCUCGUACGCGGACACCUCGCCGCAGCUGAGCGCGCUGCUGGCCGGGCCCGUCACCGUCUCCGCCAUCCGGCGUCGGCUCACUGCGCUCUGGACACGCAUCCGACGACGCUGCGGCGAGGGCUGCUCGAGCGGCGGCGGCGGCGGCGGCGGCGCGUGCGGCGGCGCGGCGGCGGAGGCGGGCGCGGCGCCGCUCACCGUCACGCCGCGCCACACGCUGCAUCUCUCCAGGACUUCGCUGGCCGGAACACGCGGCAGUUUGGCGAGUGCGGGCAAACCCACGUCGUCCACACUGGCGUCGCUCGCCGGCCUGCUGCGGGAGCACCACGAGCGUACUCCGGAGGAAGCCGUGGCGACGGCGACGGCGACGGCGUCCCCGCUGCGCCGCGCGCGCCGCGAGCGCAGCGUGCGCGCGCGCAAGGAGCCGCGGCAGGGCCAGUCGCAGUCGCAGACGCGGCGCGGCGCGUGCCGCUACGGCCCGCCGUCGUUCCGGCUGCUGGCGGCCGCCGACGUGCGCAUGGUGUCCGUCUGCGUGCAGCACUCCGACCUGGCGCAGGGAUCUAUGGACAGUGGCUGGGAAGGCGCCUGGCGGGACCAACCGCGGCGGGCAGCUAGUGCUAAGGUGAUAGGUUCGGGGGGCUGCAGCCACAUGGAUGAGGAGCUGGGCAGCGGCUCGUCUCUGGAGGACCUGACGCUGAGUCCGUCCGGGCUGGACCUGUCGCUGCCGGACUGCAAGAUCAUCGCCAACAGGAACGCGAGGCAGCACAGGGAGUUUACGAGGUACUUCCUAAGCGAAGGCACCUCGAAGGACCUGUCAAAACUAAGCAAAGAGAUUCGUCACGAAAGAGCAAGCUAUAGAGAUCUGACCGGACGAUACACUGAGAAACCAGAGGCCAUACCUCUAAAAGAGACACACUAUUCCGACCUUUCAAAUAAAGAAACAGUUUUGAAAAAAGAACCAAAGAAGGAUAAAAAAGAAAUUAAAACUAAAAUCAAACGGUCUGAUUCUGGCCGCAGUGAAUUAAAAAUAAAUGUGAGUGUUGGGAGUAAAGUGUUGAUUAUAGAGCCAUUGGGAGUGUAUGAUUGCAUUAAUUUGGGGAGGAGGAUCGACGUGCAGUGGCCCUCUGAGUACCAGCGGGAGAGAGGGGGGAGGAACUUCUGGGGCAGUUGGGUGCCCAGCGCUGGGAUGGAUGGACUGGUUGUCCACAAAUGGACGCCCAACCACCGUGACCCGAAGCUCCGUUCGCACGUGGACAAGAGCAUACUCCUCAUACAAAUAGACGACAAAUUCGUCCCCAUCGCCGAGAAUUGUGUGCAGGACCUCGGCGACGAAGUCUGAACGGCGAGGUAUCACGGUCGAUAUUCCAUUACGAUGCGAAUCGAAAUACGUGUGAAGUUAGCUGCGUGCGAACGCAACAUGCUGCUAAAUUCACUGUAUAUCGCAUUAUAGGUACCAGUCGAAUUUAUACGCGUAGCUUAUGUAGACUUAGCCAAAUAAUUCAAAUUGAAUUGUGUCGAUUUAAGGGUUGGUACGGCGGUGCAUUUGAGUCUGACAUUGAGAUUAACGAAUUAAAUGUUUGUUUGCAAUUAGUACUACGUCUAGAAAGUUUGGUUCGUCACAAAUUUAGGUAAAGUAUAAAAAUAAAAUCACGAUAUUUAUGUAAAGCUAAAAACAAGGGUUAUUCAAGUUCGUGUGAUCUCUAAUGAGCGAUUGAGGAGAAUUUGAAAAUGUAACACAUUUCACAAAGUACAUUUUAUGUACGUACAUGAGUGUAUAAUAUGUUUGUCGUAUUUGCUGUCACAAUAUCAACAAAGAAAACUAUAGACAAGCUAACGUAGCCAAAUGAGAUAAAACAUUUCCAUACAAAUUCCCCACCUAUCUUGUAUAAAACGGAAAGAUAGGUGUUCAGGACCACAAUAAGGGACAAUAGCGCUCUGUGUCCGUUUCUUUUUAUAUGAGCAAAACGAAAGAUAUGACAGAGAUCUAUAGUUUUCUCUGUCUACACAUAAUAUACAUAUCAUGCUAUGUUUUCACAAAUCGCUUUCGUUACGAGAUUAAGCAAACAGUUUAUUGAUCAAUUUUACUUAGCAUGAUGCUAUGAUAUCAUCUAUAUUUAUUUUGUGUUCAGUAAUUUCUUAAUCGCUCAAAUUUAAUUGCGAUAACAACGCCGCCUCCUUUAAUUGAAUUCACUUCCAUUUCAAGAAAUAGAAUUUACGUUACACUAUUUCCUAAUCUUCCAAAACACAGAUUUAUGUCCUAGACUUUCAUUCUUGGGUUGCAUUGAAAACCCAUGUUAAUAUGACAAAAUGCUUCGUUGUAUGUGGGUAGAUUUAAAUAGCUUUAUUCGUGUAAAUAUACCCUGUAUAUAGUGUAUAAACGUGUAAACAUUUGUAUAUUCAUCUCUUUAAUGACAAAAAUACGUAUACUUUGUUAGUUAAAAUGUAAGUGAGUAUUAUGCCUUUUUUAUUUUUGUUAUUAAUUUUUUUCCUAAAUUUUGUUAACUUAAGUCAAACUUUCUCCAAAUAUUUCAUAGUCUUUCUUCGACACCAAAUGAAUCUUAUAAAUGUAACUUAUGUAUAUUUUAUACAAUAUGUCAAUCUUAAGCUGACUGCACACGAUCGAAAUUGUAAUAUUGUGAUAUUUAUGAUUUAUAAAGAAACUUUUUACAUAAAUUUGCACAAUUUUAAAGUUAUGAUUGCGGGCGUGUGCGUUGGCUUUAUAUUUAAUAUUUAUAUUUAUUCGAUAUCACUGUUGUUUGUUAUGUGUAAUGUGAUGCAUUUUAUAUCUACGCAUUGUUUGGGAACGGAAAUGAGAAUAUUAUAGCACGUUGAGUUUUGUGAAUUUACGGGGAUUAAAUUAUUAUUGAUGUUACUAUAUGUUUAGAUCAAUAUAAAUGUAAAAAUCAAAAUACGACUGAAAAGAAUCACCAUAUAUUUGAAUAUAUUCAAACACUCCUAUUUUUUUUGACCUAAUUCGACAGUAAGUUAAAAUUAUAAUUUUUUACUUAUUUGUUUAUUUACAAUGAAAAUGUUAUAGAUUAAGCUGCGGUACAACCAUACAAUUUCGUUUUACCAGUAUAUAAAGUCUCAGUAAUUUUAUUAUGUAAUCCCCUUUUAUACGUCAUAUUUUGAUGAGUAAGAAAUCGCAUAAUUAAAUUACCAUAGUAUGUUUUCGAUGUAAUGUUUAAUCUUCCCCAACAAGUUAAAUGUUUGCAAUUAUAUAUAAUAUGAAUUACAUUAAUUCACAUUCUAAAUUCUAUUUGUCGCUAGUUUUAUCAUCUGUUACGUAAUAAAGUCACGUCUACAGAAAACUCAAAUCAUACACACUCAAAGUUAAAGCGCAUUUUCAAAGAUUUUUCAGACUUUACCCUAAUUUGUUUUGUUAAAGUAGCAGUUUUUGGACAGAUGGUAAAUACAUUUCUGGCGACACUUGCACCUACGUUAUGACACACGUAGUGUGGUCCGUUCGUAUUUUCAAAUAAAGAAGGCAAACUCAUCGUUUUGGCGAAAGAUGGAGCCAGUAACACUAGAAAAAGAAGAAAUCAAUUCUGCUAUGAGUCAUAAUCGUGUCUCAAUUUUAAUUGUAUCGAGUAACAAUAUCGAGAUACGAUAUGAGUUACGUUACCACAUAAUCGACACCCAAAUGGCGAUGGCGUAGAAGGUUUUUUUAAAGAUCCACAAAGAUAAUGCCAAUUUCCAAUAUUGUAAAUGAAAUAUAUAAUUAACCUUGACAACAACAACAAAUGCGAACGGACUUCAUAAAAUGUAUUCUCAAGUUGCCUUAAUAUAUUUUAGACUGAUUUUUUAUAAUCGUGAGCGUAUCUAAGCCAAUAUUAUGUAUGAUUAGAUAAUUGUUAAGAUAUAUAGUAUUGAGCUCUUUAAAUUAUUUAAACUAAACAUCGCAGUGUACUUACGCUCCACUUAAGGCGGUUUUUCACUGUACAUGUUUGGAACUCUGCUCAAGGUCUACAAUUAACUCAAACCGCAGUUAUAUGUUUGUAAAAUUCAAAUUAUUCCUGUUUUACCUAAUUCAUGGUUAAGUGUUUGAAUGUCAUUAAAAUUCAGAAAAUAUUACAGUAAAUCUGUUACAAUCCGUCCGAAGGCACGUUUUCUGCAUACACAAUAAAAUGUUUAUUUUUAAAGACAUAACUAGAAAUAUCAUAUGCAGCGAAACUUAUUACGAUUCCAACAGAUAGUGAAAACCGCCGUUAGAAACUGUUGAAUUAUGUUACAUUAAUUUAUGAACUAUCAAAGUAAUAUCCACAAAUAAAUGGUAUGUGGAACAAA